CUACUGCCCAUGUCAGCUAUACACUUCUUCAUGGGAGUGUCUGUACAUACAAGGCAUCCACGAGAACCGUAAUAUCAAUCACCGUAGCAGCAUGCUCUCCAUCCGCUUCCCAUCGCUCCCGUCGUGGUCAUGGGCCUCUCCAUUCUCCAGUGGCAUCAACCUGCCCCCGGGCGACGUGCACGACGUCGAAGAACGGGCGGAGAAGCGAGCACGAACGCUCAAGCACCUGAUCAAGGCCAACCACAUCAACCACAGCAUCAUCUACAACGAGCUGCGCUUCCAUAACCACACGCCUCACAUUCUGGGCUCCGCAUACAUUCUGGGCGCAGACGCCGAUCAACUAACACAUGUCUUCGAGGAGGAGGGCAAACACCUCGAGUCAUGGAAAGACAGCCCCGGCGAGAUCGACAAGAGUGACUGGAGGGAUUAUCUCGGCAAACGAGAGUAUCAACGGGCAUACAUCGACUUCUUCGAGGACCAGCUCGUGCUGCACGGCUACGACUGGCGUGCUCUGUUGGAUGAGUUUCUGCUGUCAGGCAAGGAACCCCUGAUCAACAACCUCAUCUCGGGCCUCGCACACCCUCUGAUCCACCUCGGAUACGCCUAUGAGCUGUCAUCGCGAACUGUGGCCAUCGAGGCCCUCGGGCUUGCUGCAUGCUUCUAUAAUGAAUGGCACGUCUUCCUGGACGAUCCCAAGUACACCAAACCGGCGCCGAACCCGACAGACUCGCUCUUUGACCUCUUAGAACGAGUUCGAAAAGAUCCCAAGUUCGACAAUUUGUCAGAUCACCAGGGCAGCGACAACAUCGACAAGAUCUUGGGCAACGAGCAGCUUGCAGCGGCAGCCUUGGAGUACUGGAACUCGUGGGACCUCAAGGACCCCAAAGCACAAUUCGCCCAGUCACAGAAGCUCGCCGUGGCCCUUGUAGUAGCUGCAGAUGAGCCGAGCAACGCCAAAGGCUAUGACUUCUUUGGUGUACAUCUACUGACCAGCAGCCAUGCUGUCCGCACUUUGCUCCCGCUUCUACCCAAUAAAUACCAUAUUCCGCUUGUGCGCCAGUGGUGGCUCUUCACGCUUCUUGUUUAUAUUGCUCAGCUGCGGCCCAAAGUCAACAUUGACACCAUCAAGCUGGUCGAUCUCGACGGCCGAGAUUGGAAGUUUGUGACCGAGAGAGCCUUGAGAGGCAAAUAUAACACGGAUGCGCACUUCGUCAAAGCACUUCGGUGCAUGCACGAGUGCAGCAAGACAUGGGGAGAUGCCAAUCAAUUCUAUCUCAAGGCUGCUGUCAAGAUGGCGGAAGACUUCGAUGGCUGGGGCGGCUUUGGCGGCUUUGUAGAAUCUGAGGCUGAGGAGCACAACGAGCAGAGCAAACACUACUAGCGGCGGCUCCAAAGUUAGAGCGGCAAAGUGCUCGAGUACAAGGCAUAGUAAUGUAGAUGCGAUCAGACUGUCACGGCGUAAUGAGACUGAUGAUACUGUACAACAGGAUGCUGAAUGAAAAAUGAAAGAGCAUUGUUAAUUCACCUGUGACAAAAAGCUUAACUGCAUUGCCGCCCCGGCGCCUUUUCACUGUGAACC